UAGAGUUUGUUGAGUGUUCUUCAGUUUAUGUUUUCGUGGCUGAGUUCCGUUUUUCUUUCUUCGAAUGUGUAGACUUUCUACAGAAUCUGUUGAAUCAUGAGCAGAGCUGUAACGGCGGAUUUGAGGCGCAAUAGCAUAGAUUUUCUUGGCGUGUCUGGUUCGUACACAGAAAAACUUUCUUCGAGUACGAAUUCGAUCGACGGCGAAACCAUACCACUGCGGAGAAAGGGUUUUCAACAUGAGCAAGAUUCGAAGAGGAGCGGAGAUUUUUCAGCUCACAAUGGACACAGAACUAAAGAGGAUAAAUCUGUGGGAUUUAGCUCAGGGAGAACAUGUGGUUGUCGUCCGGAAGAAUACCGAAAAAUACAAAACUACUGCUUUCGAUUUCUGGAGAUGCCUAAAGGACCUUUUAGCAUCUUGUACCAUGCUCUUUUAUUUUUCCUGGUGAUUGUAAGUUUGAUUUUAAGUGUGCUGAGCACAGUGCGAACAAAGGAAGAAAACUAUGAAGAAGUUUUAGAGACACCAAUUUUAGUAGUGGAAAUUAUUUUAAUAGUGAUAUUUGUAGUAGAGUAUUGUGUCAGAUUUUGGGCAGCUGGUUGUCGCAGUGCGUACGUAGGGAUUAAGGGAAGAUUACGCUUUGCUGUACAGAUAUAUUCUUUAAUAGAUAUGGUCGUCAUUGUUUCUUCAAUUGUAGCUGUGUCCCUGGCUAGCAACAUGUCUUCUUCUCCAAUUAGGUUACUGAGAUUUCUACCACUCCUUCGGGUUCUGAGAUUCGACAGACAGGGAGGAACGUGGAAACUCUUGGGCUCUGUGAUCUUUGUCCAUCGUCAGGAACUUCUUACGACAUUUUAUCUUGGUUUUAUCAGUUUAAUAUUUGCAUCCUUUGUACUCUACAUGGUUGAAAAAGAUUCAAAUAGUGAUUUUGACAGCUGGCCUAGUUCCUUUUGGUGGGGAGUUGUCACCCUUACAACAGUUGGGUAUGGUGACACUGUACCCUCCACCUGGUAUGGAAAGUGUUGUGCUGCUUUGUUUUUUAUCUCUGGAAUCUCCUUUUUUGCUCUUCCUGCUGGCAUUUUAGGAUCAGGAUUUGCAUUAAAGGUCACACAACAGCAGAGGCAGAAACAUUUUCACAGGAGAAGACGGCCAGCUGCAAUUCUCCUUCAGUCAUACUGGCGGCUUUUCUGUGCUGAUCUAGACUCAAAAUCAGUAGCAACAUGGCUGCCGUCAAUUUACUACAAUCGCCAGCAGCACCUCUUGAAGGCUGUAAUGGAGAAAACCGGCACCACAGGUAUGGUGGGAGUGGAAGAUGAUAGUCCUCAUCUAUCAGAUUCACAACGUAAAAGGAAACGGUCUCUAUGGACAAAGCAGAAAGGGUUUAGAAGAGAGUCAUAUGAUGUGCAUUCCACUAAAUCUGAUUCACAAUUGACUGCUAAUUAUGACAGGAAGGCUAGCACCUGCAGUGUAUUAGACAGUGAUUUUAUUGCUGAGAGUACCAGAUCGAAAUUCGGUUCCGUCAACAGCCAUGAUGCAAUAGUGACGAUGCUGUCAUCACAUAAUGUUCAUUGUUCAAUCGUUCACUCCAGAAAGCAAUCAAUUAUACCCUCGAUUUGGGGCGAUGAAAAUGCGCUGUUGGCUUUACAGACAGACGGAGAACGACCAUGCAUUGAGUUGACAAAUGCUCAAAAGUUGGCCAUUCGUCUCAUUCGAAUCCUAAAGCUCAGGGUUGCAAUAAGGAAAUUCAAGGAGGCUAGGAGACCAUAUGAUGUUAAAGAUGUUAUUGAACAGUAUUCAACAGGUCAUGUCGAAAUGUUAGCAAGAAUUAAAAGUCUCCAGGCCAAGAUGGACAAAUCUCACAGGAGUGAAGGAGAUGAUGAAGGCGCAGGAAAAGUAGACGUAACCAAAAGACUUUCUCGGGUGGAACAUCAAGUGACUAUCAUAGAUUCUAAACUUGAGCUGGUUCUGCAGAUGCUGCGGAGCCUUCAGAGCACUCGUGAGUCUCCAUCGGGUGGCAGCAACUCUUACGAUUUGAAUUUUCGCGAAAAUGGCGACGGUGUUUCCUCCAGGCGCUCCUCAGUGACCCGCGCGCAUUCUGACCCGUUAGACGUUCGAACCCAAAUGGUUCCAGGCACACACAGCGCUACUACCCACGUGGUAAGAUCGUCGGAUAUUCCUUGCGUGACGCUAAGUUAUCCUGAAUCUUGCCAUAGCUCAGGGUCACGCCCAGGCUCUCUGAGUUCCACGCAGUCGCAGUCCCUACAUGGAAGUCUUUCGGGUGGAGAUCAACACCCAAACUUGGACCACUUAGAUGCAGUUUACGAUACUGAUGCGACUGCUCUGAACGCCCCACCCUCGUCACGUAAUCUUGGAACGGACAAGAGGCAAUUGUCAGACGUGACAGAAGCGGAUGAGAGUCUUGCGGAUUCGAAAGAGACUGUUGGUGGGCUGACUCCCCCCGGACCAAUUUCUCAUCAAAACUCUACUGCGUCUGAUACUGAUCCCGUUCUGGGGGAUACAGACAGCCCUACUGAGCAGAAUGGUGAGGAACCGGUGUGGGAAAAAAGAGAAAUAGGUUUAGAAACGAGACGGCGUAAACGAAGUCUCUUGAACUUAUCGGAGUCCGAAACACAAAUGCCAGAACAUGAAGAGGUUUCACAGGCAGAAGAAAAAGACUCAGAUGAAUGCGACAUCGCUGAACGAUAUCAAGGGACACCAGAACGAAGGGACUCUCUCACAGGAGAAAGGGACACUUUACCAAGGGGUGCUCAGGUGGAGUCGGAAGGUGCUCCAUCUUCCCCUCAAACCGUUGAAGAAGGACACUAUGAUUCAUCAGUGAGAUCUACGCCUACGCGGAUGUCGGCGAAGCGGCGCCCUCUUGUAAAAUCUAACCCUGUUGAGGUAUAGAUUUAUCAGAAGCUAAACGUCUCAAAGACUGGCGUGACUACCAAGGAAUUAUGAUCACAGAAAGUAUAGGCUUACGCUGAAUGCGUCUCCAAGAGGAACUAGUCCAAAAGCGUUUUUAGCCUAUUCAGGCUCCGCGCUCAUUGAGUGAACGAGAUCCCCAAGGGUUUCAGUUGCUUGUCAACUUAGAAAACUCUUUCGUCCCUGCGGAUGUUCUUACACGAAUUUUCCGCCCUUUCGAUGUGGCUGCUGUUGUGAAUGAUCAACUAGUUCAGCGUAAACCGCGGGCUCAGGAGAGUGGUACUUAUUCCUCUGGCCGCGUGCUUUGAUCACGGAAAAACAUGAUGUUAGAGAAAUAGAGUUAUGUCUCUUUUUCGUGUAAAAAACAAAAGCCGCUAAAAAUUCAGUGUUGACCCGCCACGCAACAAGUUUAGAGCUUAAAGUAAACAUUAAAGAUAUUAAUAACUACAUUUCACGAACGCCAUUGGAAAUCUUCUCGAUGAAAGAUUUCCCAGGAAGCUGGACCUCCUUAUAUGGUGCGAUGCUUAAUAUAUACAAAGAUUCUUAAUUGCAUGAGGAUAGAGUUUGCGGAUAAAAUAUUGUGAACUAGUUAAAAGUAAUUUAUUGGAGCGGGCAUGAUGCUGAGUCAGUUCGUUGCAAACAGAAGUUUUGAUCUUUGAUCUGAAAACGUGCAAUAUUCGCCUCAGAAGGUUUUAUAAUUUGACUGUUGUUGGGUUAGGGGAGGGUUAAGUGCGCAGUUGUUCAGAUACUGACAUAGAUUUGAAUUUAACAUCAGCCGUGUAAUGGUUUUGGACACGAGUUUGGUUUUUAACGAGAGAAAAAUAUUUUCUCUUGCUUUAGAUAAUCAUGAAAUAUGAACAUUAUUUAAGUCUCAGAUGAGUGUUUUCAAAUGCUGCCCUUUUAUCGACGUUACUGAGAAUUUUCUCGUUAAAGGUGUAUUUUUAUAUUUUUAAGAGGAACUGACCUGUGUAACAACUAUAAUAAUGUACAGUUUGAUAAAAGGAAAAAGUCCCAUCA